UCACCACCCCUUCCUCUCUCUUUCGCUUAUACCAACUUUCACUCUUUCAUUCUCUUGCCUCGUCUUUGAUCGACUGUUCCCCCUCUCCCGCACACACCACCAAUACUUCUCUUUCUCUCUCUCUCUCUCUGUCACUUUAUCUUCUGUCGCCCCUUCAGCUCAUAUUCUUACAUUAAUUCCGUUGCUUACUUAUUCCUCUCAUUCAACCAACCAUAGGGGCACCAGUGAGAAUCUCGUUGCCUGACGUUUCUCGAGAGGGGUAGAUGUAACGAGAGCGGGUUCCAUUCAGUAUACAUGCAGGAGUGCUGUUGCGAAGACGUUUGCAACCAUUCCCGCAGUUCGCAUCACCUUUGACCGUGUCUCUCAUCUGUCAUACUCUCGUUAGAUUUUCCCACCUUUAUUAAGAAAUUGUUGCUUCCACUCGAAGACAAAGCCUUCAUUGGCGGCUCUCGCUUUCUGUACCUUCCUACCCAUUUUAUACAGAUCAAUUAAGGCAUCCAAUGGCCCACCGGAAGACAUCUUUCAAAUUGGAGCCAUCUUCUAAGAUAUCUGAAGACAAAACUCAAAGAAAUGGCUCAACAUUGGAGAAGACUUCACCAAUUCGUUGCAAACAACAGAAACAUAUUCUCCUGGUUGUGUUUGUCUCGCUCAUUAUAGAUCUUCUGGCAUUUACAUUGCUUCUGCCUUUACUACCAUCCAUUCUUGAUUACUACCAGCAACAUGAUCGGAGCAUUAUUUAUCGCAGUUUAGAAGAAGCUGUCCGAUACUUCCAGACUUUGGUUGGAAUUCCAAACAAUGUCAAAUGGAACACAGUUCUGUUUGGAGGUAUGAUUGGAUCCAUGUUUUCAUUGUUACAGUUCGUAUCUUCCCCAAUUAUUGGAGUUGCAUCCGAUGUCUAUGGACGGAAACCCUUACUUCUUAUUUCUAUGGUAGGCGUCGCUAUAUCUCACCUGAUAUGGUCGAUCUCCAACACCUUCCUCCUGUUCAUCAUUGCAAGAAUUAUUGGUGGCAUCAGUAAAGGUAACAUCAGCCUUUCAACUGCUAUAGUGACCGAUGUCUCUUCUGCCGAGAAAAGAGGACGAGGAAUGGCUUUGAUUGGAAUUGCCUUUUCUCUUGGAUUCAUCAUUGGUCCCUUUAUUGGUGCCAUGUUCUCAAAGUCUGCUGGUAAACAGCAGGGCCUGUUUGCAAUUCCUGGUUUAUUUGCUUUUUGCUUAAUUCUGACGGACAUAAUGUUCAUUAUAUUUUGUCUCAACGAGUCUCUACCUCCUGGUAAAAGGUAUGUUACAGAUAUGUCUUCCAUUCGAAUAAUUGGUUGUGUUUAUUUCCUGUAUUUAUUCAUCUUCUCUGGAUUGGAAUUUACACUGACCUUCCUCACACAUUCCCGCUUUGGUUAUUCCAGCUUACAGAAAGGCAUUAUGUUUAUUUACAUUGGUUGUAUCAUGGCUUUAAUACAAGGUAGCUACACAAGACGAGUCCCUUUUGGGAAAGAAAAGAAGGUGGCGUGUAUUGGAAUUGCUGUACUCAUUCCAUCUCUCCUGAUUCUUUCCCUCGCUUCAUCACAACUGGCUUUAUACUCUGCUCUGGGACUCUUUGCAUUUUGUUCUGCAACUGUGGUGCCAUGUCUAACAACUUUGAUCUCAAGAUACGGCAAAGUUAACCAGAAAGGUGCCAUUGUUGGCGUCUUCCGCUCUCUGGGGGCGCUAGCACGUGCACUAGGACCUGUAGCUAUGUGCACAGUGUAUUGGCUGUUUGGUCCAUUUGUCUGCUACUUGUCCUGUGCUGUUGGUCUACUGGUGCCA